UAUUAUUAUUACUCUAGAUCUAGUUUUGAAUUCUGGCCUCUAUUUAGUAUUUACAAUAUAACACUUAGAUCUAGAUCGAUCUAGAUCUAAAAGUAAAUACUAAACCACUUUGAAAUAUGGCUCUUGCAGAGUUAAAUACUGUACUGGUAAAUCUUCUUGCUUACAGAUCAGGAGAUAUUUCAAAGCUGAUCAAGUCUUUAGAUAAUUACUCACAGAAAUUAAAAUGCCCAGAGUUUCUACAAGAUUUUAACAAUGCCAGUGAAGAAACAAAACAAGCUCUGAUUGAAACAAUCACCACAGCAUACUGCCAUGCAUUGAACUCACCAAAACUUGCCAGAAUGUUGGAUAAGAUAAUUAAAUUACUACCCAAAAGAUAUAUUGAAAGUUGGAAUAUAGAGAUUGAAUCCACAGUGCAGCUUUUGCUUUCCAACAGUAAUCUAUCAAAUGUAAAACUUUUUUCUGCAUUACUGGAACAAAAUUUAGAAGUAAAGGAGAUUUCAAAGAAAUACUUUGCAUCUGUAACUGUCACAAUAAAAGAUACUUUAAAGUGUUUGUCUGAGAAAUCCAUAGAGGGAUCAUGUUUAGAAGAAUACCUUCAUCACAGUUUUAAACUCAGUAUCCAAGUACUGCAGCAAUUUGCUGCUGAAAUUCAGAGUUUGUUUUGCAAUGUACAAGAGAAUUUGGCAUCCAAUAUUAAUGAAACAUUACUUCAUGACUGGGAGAAAAUCUUUGUAUUAUUUCUGGACUUGUUUUCAAUGAAUUCAAAGAGAGACAUUUUGCUUUUGAUGGGAACCUCCAUAGCAAUGGCUUUACACCUAAUGUUAGAUGUGGAAUCUGUUGGGAGUGGUUUCAAAGAGCUCAUUUCCAUUUUCACCAAAGAAAAGACCACAUUUAAUUAUAAAAGGAUUCAUAUCAACAUGAGACAAUACCAGAUACCAGAAGAUACAUCAGUUCAUGUGUUGGCCAUCAUCAAGGGAGCUCUUGUUACCUGUGACAAAAAGACUUGGUGUAUGGGGCAGGUCCCUCUGCUAUUACACACUUUUAAAGAAAUCGUCAAAUUAUGUAAAGGAUCAAGUGAACACCACUAUCUAGCCUUUCAGCUCUUUGCUUUAUGGUACCAGAAGACAGCGCAGAUUGAAACAAUUCACCUCUCCACAGCUUGUGUGCAUGAAUUAACUGUAGAGGAAGCUUGUAUAAAGGAUGGGAAGGAAGGUUAUGGUUGUCUUAGUCAAACCAAUUCUGCUGAAGGUAUAGACAGGGAAGAAAAUAAUCAGAGCAAUUCAGUGAAUAGAAAAAUUAUGUUGAUGUCAAAAAAUUGUCCCGUGUUAGAGUUGACGUUAUCAUGUAUUUGGCUGAAUUGGGAUAGUCCAGUAGAUGGUGUGAGUGAAUUUGUUCAUGAAAUAUUCUCCCAUAUGUUGAGUAUCUGGCACCAAAAUGUAAUGAGUGGUACCAGUGAUAAUGUGGACUUGGGCAAGCAUUUGUUGAAUAGAGUGUUGAGCAUUUCUUGGAAGUCACGGUCGAGGUACAGGCCUCUCACUCUAUUGUUGCCUUAUGUUAAUGGUAGACAGAUUAUUGAUGAAAACCCUCAGCUUAAAGAAGAUUUAUUGUGUUGUAUGAAAACAAACCAUAUGGCAGCCACAGCUUCUGAUGUCUAUAAGGCUUUUCUAAAAAGAACUGUUGAAGAACACUCAGAGAACUCACUGCAUGUUUGGAAGGAGAUAUGGAUGCCUGUUUUAAUCAAAGGAAUAACAACCAGUGAUAUGUUGCAAAGACUUAAGGUCUGCACAUAUUGGCUGCCACCUACUUUAAAACUUGUCCCACACAGCUAUUCUGCAUUACUUUGCUGCUUGGAGGAUAAAAUGAUUGUAGACAAUACACUAGAACAACAAAAAGACAGAUAUCUGUUUGGUUGGGUGGCUGUGUCUCGUGUAGUACGUGAACAUUUACAUCUGCCAUUGCCAACACAAAGCUUACCACUGUUACAGAAAGCUUUGCUGUGUGUUGAUGAAGGCACCAGAGCUGAGGCACUCAUGCUCAUCUCCACAACUAUGAAAAAAGCAGAGCCCCUAUCACAAGUUGAAGCCCAGCUUCUACGAGAAUUUAUUCCAGCCAACCUUAAAACUGACUCCGCACCAUUCAGACAAAGCCUAUCUUCUGGUCUAAAAAAAGUCUUGACAAGAAUCAGAGACAGCUGUCUGUCUGCUGUCAGGAAGGACAGAAAUGACGAUUUUCUAUCUUGGAGUCUCCAGUUUGUUGAUUGGUUGUAUCAAGUCUUGAUGUUAAGUCUUGCACCAGGCAGCUGCUACCAGCGCAGACAGACAGUGUUUGACCUGCUCUCAGACAUCCUUGACACUCUAGUGUAUGAUGACCAAGAUACCUCAAAGAAAGGGAAAGCUAAAGAAUCAUCUCAACAUUUAUUAAAAUUUGCUCAAGCUAAAGGAUUGUGGGAUUUUUUCAAAAAGGAAUAUUUCCUCUCUAUCUUAACAUGUCUUGAAGAUGGUGCAGAGGAGAUCCAGAAUCAAGCCUUUAGUUUGCUGAUGAAAUUUUUAAACUGUAAAGAGGCACUGCAAACAUCUUUACUCUCAGAAGAUAGAGCAACUGUAUUACACCUGUUAAGACAUGCAUUUGAGCUGACAGGAAGUCCUAGAGCAUAUGAAAAUCACAGUGGUCUUCUCAUCUUGUCAUUAGUUCUCAAUAGAUAUGUUAUAGGCUGUGGGUUAAAAUUUUCCAUUACUGCGAAUGAAACUUCAAAGAUUGAAGUUGAACAUCAAGUGGAUUCAGGUGACUGUCCUACUGAUCCAGUUCUUUCAUUUGUGGAGUUGCUGCUCAGUCAAGUGAAAACUUCAUUAGAUUCUGUGCUGCUUGAUUUAGCUGUCAAUUUUAAAUUACACCCAAUUCAUGGUAUUACAGAAUGCCUAUCCAGGACUUUGGCUGAUAUCUCAAAGUGCUCACAAUGGACCAUUUUAUCUAGUGAAGCAGGGGGUCACAUUUUGAAAAAUAUUGUUGCCAUUCAGCAGAGAAUUGUCACAUUGAUACUAGAUGUACUUUCUGGCGGGAAGGCUCUAGAGGAUUGCCCAUCAUUUGCAGAUAUGGGUAUUGCUUUACAAAAUUUGAUUUCUGAUGAUGAAGAGGUGGAAGGAGACAAAAUGUCCAUUUCUCCAGAUUUUCAGCUGCUUUUGUCUUGGUGUUGGAUUAACCUCAGAGAGAGCUGCUCUUGUUUAGGGGAAGUAACUCGAGUAGGAGUUUUAAAUAAUGAAUGCUGCCUUUCCAUCAAUGAGCUUCAAGCAAUUGGAGACACAUUUGUAAAAGUUUUAACAACUUGUCGGCACAGGGGUGCCAUUGAAGGAUGUAGAGAAGGUUGGUUUCAGUUCUGCUGUUCCCUGAUGUCUGCAAGUGAUCCACAGUUGUCAAAUAUUCCAAAGCAGAUUUUACAACAGAUUCUUGAUAGUUUGUCAGGAAAUUCACUAACAUCGUCUGUAACACGAAGAUCUGCAGGUCUUCCCAUUAUAGUACAAACAGUCCUGUUGGCAUCACGCAAGUCUGGUGAUAACACUUUGUUGAUCUCAACAAUAAAUAAUUUGUAUUUGAUUGCCUCUCGUCCCUUGCCCGCGGACUGCAGCCAGCUUCAGGAUCUAAGUCAAGGCCAUGCUUUAAACAUACUUAAAGUGAUUUUCUGUGAUGCAUCAUUUGCUCCUGUCUUGAUGUUUUUGUUAUCCAAGAUGACCAUCCUUGUGGUAGAGGGAUUUGAUUCCUCAUCGUGGGCAAUAAGAAAUGCUGCAACUCAACUCAUAAGUACACUCAUUACAAGAAUCUUUGGACAGAAAAACACAGCUGGCAAUAACAAUAACAUGACAUUGGAAGAGUUUGAGGGCCUGUACCCAGAGCUGUUGCUGUUUGUUCAUGACAAACUGCUGGCAUAUGUGGCUUCAAGAACUACAGUUAAGCCAUCCCUCUACAUUAUUUUAACUCUUCUUUCAAGCAUAGGCAUGUCACCCUCACAACAGCAUAGUUCUAACAUUAGGAGCUCCUUGCAAAAUGCAGUUCUUUUCUUCCUGUCCAACCCUGUGCAUUCACUGAGAAAACUAGCUGCACAAGCCUAUGUAGCAUUAUCUCCCUUAGAUGAAGUGGACACCACAAUGCAGCACCUAUUAGACAGGCUGAAACAAAGGGAAGUAAAAAUGAACGAGAGACAUGGAUGGUUGCUGAGUGCUUUGAGCUUAAUCUCUACAGGCGUUGUUAGUGACAAUAUGUGUAGAAGUCUGGUGGAGUUCCUGGUACAAGAAAGUUGGCUGCUGAAUUGUUCAUCCUGUGCUGUCAUACCAUCAGCCAUGUUGGAGUUUGUGUGUGUAGCUGUAGCUCAGACACAGAUAGGAGCGUCACUAGCUGCGCAUCUGUGGGAUGUUGCAAGAAAUUUGCUCACUUCUCUUUUGGCAUCGAAAAAUCAACUUAUAGUAUCAUGUGAUCAUUGUAUGAGUGUGUGUGUCAAGCUGAUGUUUGAACUGCAGAGAGAGAUGCCCAGUUGUGUAGAACUGAGAGUAAAACUUGACAACAUCAUCACAGAAAGUUUAGUAUCUACACAGGAAGCUGUCAGGUCUGCAGUUUUAGACUGCUUGCAAGAGAACAAUACAGAUGCAUUUACAAAUGAUAUUUGUAUUCAGAAACUUCUUAAGGAUUAUAUUUUAAGGGAGAGUAAUCAUGUGAACUUACAUAAAUCUGCUGAAAUUAUUCUGGCCACAAAAGUAAAAGGCAACCUACGUUUACAGUACUCUGACUUAAAAGAUUUCUUAAUGCUUGCUUCAAGAGUAUCAGUGCAAGCACAAUGUGCUCAGACAACUAUAUUUUCCUUACAUGGAUUAGUAUUUGCCAGUGCUGACUUUAUACAGUUAAAACAAAUAUUAGGCAGUUUGUCUCAGUGGUGUGAUCAACUUUUAAACUACACCAAACCAUCAGCCAAUGAAAAUAUUCGACUUUUGGCCAGUCAUGCACUUUGUAUUUCCGGAAAAAAUAUCAUUGGCUUUUGUUGUGCUCACAAAGAUUCAGCAGAUGCAGACAUUAUAGCUGUCAGCCUAGUGAAAGCAAGUCUUCAUCUUUUGGAAGACACAGAGAGGGAUGCCAGGCUAAAUGUAUCAUCAUUUCUCUGUAGCUUAAUGGAAAUCAAGCCUUUGCAUUUUACAUUCUGCUAUCACAUUCUAUCAAAAGUGAUUGUUGAACAACUUGGUUGGUGUGCUGGUGUUAUCUCCACAUUAGCAAACAUUCUGUACUCACCCCAUCAGCUUAGCACUGCAAUAUCUUCUCAUCUCAGAUCUGGUCCAGUCUGUCUGUUUGAACCAGAGACUGACAGCAUAUUGUCAGAGCAAUUUAUCUCUCAAUUGUGGGCUUACAAAACUCUUCAGAUGUUGGCCUCUCAGGGAGUUGUGCUACAGCUCUUGUCAUCAACUAUAGAGUCUGUUCUAAAAGAAUUACUUCAGCAUGUCAAUGUGAUAAAGAAAAAUCUAUCCAAUGAAGUAGCAUUUAACAUGAGCAGUAACAGUAAAGUUAUGUCUGCAUUGUUGGGAAUAAUUUUGAUCAGCAAAGUAUAUGUCAAUAGCAUGAACAGCAUUGGCAAAGAGUUUACGGCAGACGGUCUACAUUUGUUGAAGCUGAUAGUAGACAUACAAGAGUUGCCAUUCUUGCACCCAUUCCUUCACAAACCAGAGCAGAAUGAGGCAGGGAACAUGUUUUCCCUAGUUCCAGCCAAACUUGAUAUUCUAUUAAUUGGUUCUAGCCAAGCUUGACAUUACUUUUAGUCUGAACUUUUUUUUUCUGUAAAUAAAUGA